AAGAAAGUGAAAACAAUCCUUUCGCUUUUGUCACUGUCAAUGUCACUAUGUGACAUUAAAAGUUUAAAACUAAUAAGAAAACAUUGAAAGGUUACAAAUAAUGUGGGUUUAUUAAAUAAAAAACAAUACAAAAAUGUUACACUGAAGUAUAUAUUAAAUUUUUUUACCACCAUUGUCAAAUAAUUUAAUUCCAUAAUGAAACCUCGGCCUUGUGGCUGUAAGGGCUGCAGAACCUGUCUUAUUUGCGAGACAUACUACGGCGCGGACGCCCUUAAAAAUAUAAAACCAUUAGAUAAAGGGAAAGGUUACGUCUACUGUCCACUCUGCAAUAAAGCAUGGAGCGGCUGGGAUAUAGACCUAUACAAACAACAUCCAAGUCAUACAGGAAAUUCAAUCGAAUAUCCCGGAGUUUACAUAAAACUGGACUUCAUUACAAAAGAGGAAGAAGAGGAACUUAUAAAUAACAUCGACGAAGUUCCGUGGGACAUCUCGCAAAGUGGGCGUCGAAAACAAAAUUUUGGACCAAAGACUAAUUUUAAGAAGCAAAAAAUCGUUGCUGGUAACUUCGAUGGUUUUCCUAAGUUUUCUAAGUAUGUACAGGAUAGAUUUAACGAAGUCGACUUGCUAAAAGGUUAUGAAGUUAUCGAGCAAUGCUCCUUAGAGUAUGAUCCUACCAAAGGUGCUUCUAUUGACCCUCACAUAGAUGACUGUUGGAUAUGGGGUGAAAGAAUUGUUACAGUAAACCUAUUGUCUGAUUCUGUCCUUACUAUGACUCCAUACAAAGGAGAUAAGAAAAAAUAUAAUUUAGUUUGUGCAGAGAAUUAUCCACCUCUAGUUGAAAAUGAUGGUAGUUUAAAUAUAGAUUUAAUUGAUAAAGGACAAAGCAUGUUAGAAAUUUGUAAACCAUUAGAAGACAUGGAUGUUGUAAUAAGAAUACCAAUGAUAAGGAGAUCGCUUUUAGUUAUAUAUGGUGAAUCAAGAUACCAUUGGGAACACGCUGUCUUAAGAGAAGAUAUAAAAACUAGAAGAGUGUGUUUAGCGUACAGGGAGUUUACUCCACCAUACAUGAGUAAUGGAAUUCAUAAAGAUAUCGGUCGAGAAAUUAGAAAUAAAGCAAAAACUUUUUGGGAUCACAAAGAAAGAUACAAAAACUGCUUGAAUAAUAAAGAAGUAGAGUAAUUAGCUAUUAAAUAUUUAAUCAAGAGUUAAUUAAUAUACUUUCUUUUA